AUGGAGCAGGGGAUGGAAAUGUCAACAACUAACAACAUAGCGCAGGCCCGGAAGCUGGUGGAGCAGCUCCGCAUCGAGGCCGGCAUCGAGAGGAUCAAGGUCUCGAAAGCAUCUUCUGAGCUCAUGAAUUACUGCGAGCAACAUGCCAGGAGUGACCCACUGCUGGUUGGAGUUCCAGCUUCUGAGAACCCCUUUAAGGACAAAAAGCCUUGCACCAUCCUAUAG